UUCCCCUUCAUUUAUUACUAAUAUUAGCACAUCAUUUUCCAUCACCUUUUUUUCCAACAAUGGCUACCACCGUCGUUGCUACUUCUUCUUUUAUAGGCAUCCGCCUUUUUUAUGUCUACUCAACCUCUGGGAGGGUCGUGGCUAGGUUCAACUUUAGGGGUAAAAAAGCCACCAAGAAAGUAUCUAAACCAAACUCUGAUCGCCCAUUAUGGUAUCCUGGAGUUGUAGCACCUGACUGGUUCGACGGUAGCUUGAUUGGUGAUUACAGGUUCCAAACUUUUGGGUUGGGGAAGCCUGUUGAGUAUUUUUCGUAUGAUUUGGAUUCUUUGGAUCAAAAUCUAGCAAAGAACAUGGAAAAUGACAUCACUGGGACCCGGACUGAGGUCGCCGACGUAAAGCCAACUCCAUUUCAGCCUUACAGCAGGGUCUUUGGCCUGUAGAGGUUCCGUGAGUGUGAGCUGAUCCAUGGAUGUUGGGUCAUGUUGGCUAUUGUAGGUGCCUUUACUAUUGAAUGGCUCACUGGAGUCACUUGGAAAGAUGUUGGAAAGGUUAAUUACUUGCCUAUUCUUGUUGAAGGAUCAUCUUACCUAGGCUAACCCCUUCCAUUCUCGAUGACAACAUUGAUUUGGAUUAAAGUGUUGGUGAUUGGGUACAUUGAGUUCCAAAGGAAUGCAGAGCUUGACCCUGAGAAGAAGCUGUACCCUGAUGAGAAGUACUUCGACCCUCUUGGUUUGGCGUCUGACCCAAAAAAAAAAGCCACCCUUCAAUUGGUUGAGAUCAAGCAUGUUCAUCUUGCCAUGGUUGCUUUCUUGGGUUAUGCAGUCUAGGCUGCUACAACAUGCAAAUGUUCUCUCAAUAACUGGGCUACACACUUGAAUGACCCUUUUCACACCACCUUUAUUGACACAUUCACCUCUUAA